AUGCUAGCAGUGCUACCUUAUCACCCAAUAGCUCAAUACUUGCUUCUUAUUCUACUUGGCUCCAUUUUAUCUACACAUAUUCAUGCAUGCACCUCAAGUGAAAGUACGUCUCUCUUGUCUUUCGCCCUCACUCUGUCUUCUCCUUCCUUAAACUGGACUAGCAUGGAUUGUUGCCAAUGGGAAGGCAUUACUUGUGAUGCGGUUGGUCGAGUAACUCAUUUGCACUUAUCCUCCAAAGGCCUCAAACUCAAAGGAGGUCUUUUUUCCUCAUCAUCACUUGGUAAUCUCACACAUCUAACCCACCUUAAUCUCUCUCGCGAUUCACUUCGUGGUUCUUUAGAUCAAGCUGGAUUCUUCUUGUCCUUGACUCGUCUUGAGGUACUUGAUUUGAGUUUUAACCUUCUUUCUGGAGAGCUACCAGGUUCUCUAUCAUCAUCCAAUAAUAUUCGGAUGGUGGAUUUAUCUAGCAAUCAGUUCCAUGGUGCAAUUCCAUCAUCCUUCUUCCAACAAGCAAAGAAUUUGUCUCGUUUCAAUGUAACGAACAACCACUUCACAGGUUACAUCCCCUCCCCUAUUUGUGUCAAGUCUUCUUCCUUGAUUAGGCUAUUGGAUUUUUCCUACAAUAACUUUGGAGGCAAUCUCCCUCGCAGACUAGGAAACUGUUCCAAACUGGAAGUUUUUCGUGCUGGUUACAAUAACCUCUCAGGAUCACUUCCAGAAGAUAUCUAUGAUGCUACCUCACUAAAAGAAAUUGCAAUCCCCGCAAAUUCUUUGCAUGGGGGCAUUAGUAACAGAAUUGUUAACCUCACCAACCUCACAAUCCUUGACCUCUCCUUAAAUCGUUUCAGUGGCAUGCUUCCAAUAUAUAUUGGGAAGCUCUCCAAAUUGAAAGUCUUGCUCCUUCAUUCCAACAAUCUAGAAGGUUCUUUGCCACCAUCUUUGUUGAAUUGCACAAACCUUAUGGAAUUGAAUCUAGGAUUCAACCUUUUGGAAGGAGAAAUCUCAGCUUUCAAUUUCUCUAGACUUGGUCAACUUCGUAAACUUGACUUCAUCAGUAAUCAUUUUACUGGUAUCUUGCCAAGAAGCCUAUACUCAUGCAAGUCCCUUAGAGCAAUUCGAUUAAGCUUAAACAACCUAGAGGGACAAAUACAACCCGAGAUUGUUUCAUUAGAACAUUUAUCCUUCCUCUCUCUUUCUGGAAACAGACUGACCAAUCUCACAGGCGCUAUGAAUAUUUUGAAGGGCUGCAGAAAUCUCACUGUACUCAUUCUUUCAACCACUUUUAUAGGUGAAGAAAUGCCAGAUGGUGAUCACAUGACUGACUUUGAUGGAUUCCAAAAUCUUAGAAUUUUGGCUUUGCGUGGUUGUGAUCUCACCGGUCUAAUACCUAUAUGGUUGUCUAAGCUCAAGAAGCUAGAGAUCUUGGAUAUGUCACUUAAUAGAAUCACAGGCUCGAUUCCUACUUGGUUGGGGACUUCUCCAAUGCUCUUUUCUAUAAACUUAGGGUCCAACCUAAUCUCAGGUGAAAUUCCAAAAGUACUUUGCACACUACCAAUGUUGGUAUCUGAACAAGCUGCAGCUCAAGUAGAUCAUGGUUAUCUUGAAUUGCCUUUCUACGCCUCCCAAGCCAUGCCUGAUGCAAGCAUUUUACAGUUCAAUUCUUUGUCUUACUAUCCACCAUCAAUAUUCUUAGGCAACAAUAGCAUCAGUGGCAAUAUACCAACUGAAAUCGGGAAGUUGCAACUUCUCCAUAUAUUGGAUCUCAGCGCCAACCAGGUGUCCGGCAACAUUCCAGACCAAAUAUCGAAUCUCAACAACUUGGAGACUCUGGAUCUUUCAAUGAAUCAUUUGUCCGGAGAAAUCCCAGCUUCAUUGGCGCAUCUUAGUUUCUUGUCAUCUUUAAAUGUCUCGUAUAAUAAUUUGGAAGGGGAAAUACCAAAAAGCACCCAGCUCCAAGGCUUGAAUGUCUCAGCAUUUGAGGGGAAUCCAAAGCUUUGUGGUUCCCCGCUUCUAAAUCCGUGCCAACCAUUCAAUGGUACUGAUUCAGAUGAUGAUAAGAAUGACGGGAAUCAAAUUCUAGGCUUGUCUAUUUCCGUUGUGCUUGGCUUCAUUAUAGGGUUAGUGGGAGUUUGUGGUUCAUUAUUGCUUAUCAAGACCUGGAGGGAUGCAUAUUUCAGUUUCCUGUAUACUGUACAAGAGAGGCUCAAAUUAUGA